AAUUACAUAGACAAAUAAGCAAAUUACAGUAGAAAUACCUAACAAUUGUACAUAAUUUAUACGCAUUUACAAUAUCCGUAUAAAUUAUGUACAAUUUGUAAAAUUAAUAUUUCUCUCAUCGCUUACUGACAAUGAGUAGGAUUAUCAAAUCAUUUCGAGGCAAUUUCGAAGCAAUUUUGUGCCUCUAUCGCAGCCUUGUGCCGCUCUUAUCAUAUCAUAAUUUUUAUUAGUACAUGAUUAUUAUUAUAUAAUUUAUAAUUUAAAAAAAAACGUAACGCAGAUCAUAUUCCAUGCGUUACGUAGUUUUUAUGCACAUUUUCGGCGAUGGGUGCUGUGACGGGAGGAAUGCUCGAUAUUUUAGACGGCCAAUUACCUUUUAAUACAUGGGUACCUUGGCACUGCACUUCGUUUCUUUUAUACUGGUUUACAUCCCUUCAAGAGAUUGUAGCUGUGAUUAUUGCCACGGUUGUAAACGUUGCGACAGAAACUACCAUAUUAGGAUUUUGUUUGCAAACGUGCGCACAAUUUGCAAUUUUGAAGCAUCGACUUCAAAAGAUGGCAAAAAGUAGAGAGAAGGAAUUAUCUCGGAAAAACUCGUUGAAUAAUGCGUCGCAUCAAACAGGCAAAUUAUCAGAACACAUUUCCCACCAUCUGUGUAUAAUCAGACUUGCCGAAAUGAUCAAUGAUGUGUUCAGCCAAGUUAUCUUUGUUCAAUUUUUCGUCAGUAUAUUGGUGUUGUGUUCAUGUUUGUACCAUCUGUCGUCUCAUUUGACAUUUACAGACGUCACCACCUUGAUCGUUUUCAUAUUCAGUAUGUUUGUACAGAUUUUUAUUUACUGCUGGGCCGGAAACGAAGUUAUGCUUAAGAGUGCUGAAAUGAGCGAGGCGAUAUAUCAUAUGGACUGGAUAUUGAUGACAAUCGAUGAACGAAAGGAUCUAUUGAUGAUUAUGAGACGUAGCACAAAACCCGUUAAGUUUACCAGUAGUUUCUUGGUAACAUUGACUUUGGAAUCUUAUGCAAAUGUCAGUUUACAGGUUGAAGAUCUUUUUAUUAUAUCUUUGAUACAGAUGUAUUAUUCAACUUCUUUUUCUACAGCUUUUGAAGGCAUCUUUCUCUGCAUUUAAUCUUUUGCAACAAUUUUGAAACUUUAUGUAUUCUUUUGCAAUACUUUGCUGUGUAUACGAUAAUAUCAUAUCAUAAAUAAAUUUUUCAUUGCAAAA